CAUUUUUCGUGGUUAACACUGCGCAAAGAUACCUGGUGACAACAGCAUGCGACUGUGACGACAUGCGCUGCGCUCUGAGAUCGGCACUCGAUAUGUCUUGUAUAAGAGAGCCCGGAUGGGAAUAUGAAUUGAGGACCACAGAGGAAGAGUCCGAGACAAGUUGUGAUAAACACAAAAGUGUGCUGACAAGAAGCUAGCUUCAUGGCUUCUCGCUGCCCUGUGAACAGCUCUGAGACGGUUGUCCCGGAGGGUUGUCCAGAAACGAUGUGGCUCUCUUAUCGGCGGAAUUAAGUUCACAGUCCGUGUUUCUUUCCUCCCGCGUGCACCCUGUCUCGCCCAUUUCUCUCGUAUGUGAAUUUGACGCAGACUGCUGCUGUGCGUUGCGCCAAUACUCCGCGCUGUCGAGCGGGAACCAUCCACAUCAGGCGUUGUCUCCCAAUUCCAGAGACAAUGGACUUUGGCACAGUCUCCCAAUUCUGUACGCUUCUCUGACGAGAGGUGGACAAACGUUUAGACCUUCCCUCAGAAGCCUGAGAACUAUUUGGAGUCAAGCUGCGUUUCCUUCUGUUUCUCGUUCAAGUUCUGUCAGUCUUUCCAGUUCUCAGACUAUACCACACAGCAGUCGUAAAGAACCUUGUUGUCUCUAUCUGGCAACUGGAGUCAUGUUCAGUAUCCUGCGUGCUACAAUGUCUCUGUUUGACUUGCCUUAUAGAGUCCUGGAUCGUUGAUUAUUUGUUUCGAGACAUCAACUACUUACAAUGUGACAGUUGCAGUACCUGGUGUAGCUAAGAUCGUUAUGCGCUUGUGCGUGUGUCCGGGUAACGCGAUGCUCGCUGGCAGCUUCGCUGUCCGUCAGAGGUUCCUCGAUCUUUUCUCGCGCUAUGGGCCGCAGCUCCCUCGCCUUCGUGGCCUCUGCCUGCUUCCUUCUCUGCGUUUCUGUCCCCGUUAGCCGCCUGGGUGUCGCGAGCGUUAUCGUUGGGCAGCCGGACACAGCACAACACAGCAGGCAAUUUGCCUUCGGCUUCUGUGGGCCUCGCAAACAUGGUUCGCUCGCUUGUUCUGAAUCUCGUCACACGAUCGUGGAGCGUAUGAGCGUGCCGUCGCUCUUUCCUUUGAAAUCAGCGUCGUUGCGAGAGCGCUCUGAAGGAGUACAACGGCGGCCACUGAACCUGUCGUGGCUGUAUCCGACGGCUUCCCGUUUCGGGAUUCCCUCCAGGACGACUGCUCCGUGUGGUGGUACGCGGCCGACUCUUUGCAGAGCCUGCCCUUCUCCUUCAGUGUCGGACUGCGGUUCGCGAAGCCUUGCCUCCCCGAAGUUUGUCCACGGCCUUGGCCCGCAGGACCGAGGACGGAGUGGAUCUCACAGUCUUCUGUUUUCUCCACACAAACUGGGACGAAACGACGCGUGGAGCUACACGCGGGAGACCGCUGAUCUUUCUCCGGGAGCUCGAACCACUUUUCUUUGGGCCACGAAGAAAGGCGGCGGAAGCACGAAGAAUGGACGCGACAGUCAACCGAAGUUCCUCGGCGUAAAGAAGUUCGGCGGCGAAUUCGUCUUACCAGGGCACAUCCUCGUGCGGCAGCGCGGCACGCGAUACAAAGCAGGCGAUGGUGUGCGUUUAUGUCGCGAUGACUCCCUGACGGCCGUCCGGAGCGGGUAUGUCGACUUCCUGCCCGUGUACAAAUUUGAGUAUCACUUCAGAAAGCGUCGUUGGCUGAAAAGACACCGGAGACGCGUACAUGCAGGCUUCUUAGUUUCUGUCCUUGACAGCAUGGAAGAGUCGCGUGGCCACCAAAAGCGGCAGGAGCUCGUGCUUCUGCGAACCCUGGCUUCUUCGUGGGUCAACGGCCACACCUUCAGCCCUGCUGUACCAUCCUUAGAAGAGGAGCGCGUACGCAUCGAUGAGCAGGGUUCCGACUUUAGCGAAUUCUCGGUCCACGAAUCGAUGCAGGGACAACGACGCGCUGCCGCGGACGGCACUGAGGGGUUGUUGGCCGACUCUGUUGAAAGCGAGAAUCGGGGAGUGAAUGCACUCGAUAAAGGGCUCCUGCUUGGAGCUACCCACGUCUGAGCAGCGACCUGAGUUGCUGAAGGCCGUCUGCAGUUUUUGGUUUUCACAAGACGUUCUUUGUGACCCAAAGUUUCGCCGCUGAGCCUCAGCUCAUUUGUUCGAAAGCAGGGAGACUGCUUUCAGGUGCCUUCUACUGCUCAGUAAAUGUUCACUUGCCUGCAUGGUAAGGGAGAGAUCUGGAGACGCCUUUAGGCAAAUUGCCCAUGAAGGCCACACGGCAAGGCGUUUCAUGUGUUGUACGAGUGUUCGUGAGCUAUGUAGAUUCACGGUGACACAAGGACACCUGCUUCUCCCCG